UUUAGUAGUUAAGCGGUUUAAAGAAAAUGAAAAAAAAGAAGAAGAAGAAGCAAAUUUCAAGCUGUUUAUUUUAUAAUUUGUUUUGCUAUUAUCGCCUAUUACCUUGUUCUAAUUAGCAACCUUUUUGUUAUAAUAGCAUAUAAUUUUAUGUGGCGGAAUUUCCAACUCACUUUCAAAGCCUAAAAAAACAAAGUUCUUUCUUUGUUAGCUCCUUCUCUUCCACUGACAAGACAAAGUUCUAGCUGACUUGAUUAAUUUUGUAUAUAAAAAUACCUCCUCUUUGCCAUUUUAGGAGGAUAUCGAGAAAAGGAAAGCAAAAAGGAAGAUAUGGCGGGAAUAGCUACUAGUCCUUGUUCUUCUGGUGUUCUUUUUGGAACUACAGGAGGAAGCAAUGGAGCCUUUUUGGCUCGCUACAAUGGACUUAGACUGGUUGAGAGCACGCAAGUGGUUUCUGCUGGGACAAACUCACGUUGGUUCAUUUCUGCUCCUGUACCAAAAUGCAGAAAAAUCAAGGCAAUGGUUUCCCAAACAGUUUCAGCUCCCAAAAGGGAAAAAGAUCCCAAGAAAAGAGUUGUCAUAACAGGAAUGGGACUCGUCUCCGUUUUUGGCAGUGACAUUGAUACAUUCUAUAACAAACUUCUGGAAGGGGAAAGUGGUAUCAGUCUGAUAGAUAGAUUUGAUGCUUCGAACUUCUCUGUUCGUUUUGCGGGACAGAUUCGUGAUUUCUCUUCCAAAGGUUACAUUGAUGGGAAGAAUGAUCGCCGCCUUGAUGAUUGCUGGAGAUAUUGUUUGGUGGCUGGCAAGAAGGCCCUUGAAGAUGCCAACCUUGGAAACCAAGCCCUUGAUACUAUGGACAAGUCGAAAAUUGGAGUGUUGGUUGGAACAGGAAUGGGAGGAUUAACAGCUUUCAGCACCGGAGUGGAAGCUCUUGUCCAAAAGGGAUAUAAGAAAAUAACUCCAUUCUUCAUUCCCUAUUCAAUCACCAACAUGGGAUCAGCAUUGUUAGCCAUUGAUACUGGCUUAAUGGGACCCAAUUACUCCAUUUCCACUGCUUGUGCCACUGCAAACUAUUGCUUCUAUGCAGCUGCAAACCACAUUAGGAGAGGAGAAGCAGAUAUCAUGGUGGCCGGUGGGACUGAGGCUGCAGUCAUGCCUACUGGUGUUGGCGGCUUUAUAGCUUGUCGAGCUCUGUCACAAAGAAAUGAAGAACCACAGAAAGCUUCAAGACCAUGGGACAAAGACCGUGAUGGUUUCGUUAUGGGAGAAGGCGCUGGCGUGCUGAUAAUGGAGAGCUUGGAGAGUGCAAGGAAAAGAGGAGCGUACAUAAUUGCUGAGUACUUAGGAGGUGCUGUAACAUGUGAUGCUCAUCAUAUGACUGAUCCAAGAUCAGAUGGCCUCGGAGUUUCUUCUUGCAUAAUCAAAAGUCUAGAAAAUGCUGGUGUUUCUCCUGAAGAGGUGAACUAUGUGAAUGCUCAUGCAACAUCAACUCUAGCAGGGGAUUUGGCUGAAGUUAAUGCAAUAAAAAAGGUUUUCAAGGACACAUCUGAGAUUAAGAUGAAUGGGACAAAGUCAAUGAUUGGACAUGGACUUGGAGCUGCUGGUGGAUUGGAAGCAAUAGCAACUAUUAAAGCAAUCACCACUGGCUGGGUGCAUCCAACUAUUAACCAAGAUUUCCAUUCUCUGCAUAUUUUUUCUUCACAGAAUUUGGAGCCUGAUGUUACAAUAGACACCGUACCAAAUGUGAAGAAGAAACAUGAGGUCAAUGUUGGUAUCUCAAAUUCAUUUGGCUUUGGUGGGCACAAUUCAGUGGUUGUCUUUGCCCCUUUCACACCCUAAUAAAAACCCACAUGCUCAACCACUAUUUUUCCUUUUCAAGUUUCUGCUUUUUGAAAUCAUUCAUUUCAAAGACUAUGCUUUUUGAAAGCAUGUAAGAAAUCAAGCUAGAGUGUCAUAGUGCAGAAGUAUGUUAGAAGGAAUAUUCAGGAAGAAUGUAACCCAUUUUCUCUUUUCAUUUUCAGUGAAUAAUUAAAACCAUUCAGUCCUUUUUCUCUA